CCAGCCCCCCGGGGUUAUAAAGCGCGAGUCCGACAGCGCCUGCAUAUCAUUCACCGUUCGUUGAGCAACAUGAAAACGUUUCUGCUGGCCGCCGUCGCCACCGUACUUCUCUGCGUGUCGCCUGUCCGCACCGCGGACCCGGAGCUGCCGGACUUCGACCUCCAACGGUUCGCAGGUAAAUGGCACUGGUUAGGAGUCGCUUCUGACGCGUCGUGGUUCAUCCAGCACCGGGACAAGUUUAAAGCCUGCGUGGGGGUCCUGACGCCCAUGGACAACGGCGAUGUCAACGUCACCGUGUGGAAAGUCAGAUCUUCCGAAUGCAAGAGAUACUCGUACCUGUAUGAGAAGACGGACACCCCCAACCAUUUCACCUACGUCAGCCACCGCUUCCAUAAGAGCGUAAACAACGUGGUGGUGCUGGACACAGAUUAUGAGAGCUACGCGGUGGUGAGCAAACGGAAGGCGUACAAGGACAAAGACCACAACUCGAUGUCCCUGUACGUGCGGUCAGAACAGCUGACGCUUGAUCUGAAGCUCAUAUUCCGGGAGGCCGUCCUCGCCCAGGGGCUCCCCGAGGAUUCCAUCUUCUACCCACCGGUGGCAGAAGACUGCCCCCCUGUGGAUGUGUAGGAGACCCCCAGAUUGGUGGAAAUGGCAAACAUGAGCCCACAAGAUGGACCCUCAACUUGCUGUCUGGCAGUUCAUCAAGGAAACCGCAGGCUUGGUGUGAUCUCUGAGUUUAAAUAAAGGAGAAAUAAAACACUGA